AUGGGAGUUUUUGCCGAGACCCAAAGCCAGUUGGAGGUGGAGCUUUGCGACCUUCGAGCGAAUAUCAGCCCCACGUCGUGCCUGUGUGUCGUGAAUGGCGCUACGCCACUUCCAACAGACCAGUGUGUCGUUCAGCUAGCUCCUGAACCGCCUGGCAUUGUCCAUCAGCAGGUGGAUUUGACGACUGUGACUGGUCGCAUUUUAGACGAUAAGGAAAUCGUGGCUGAUCCUGAGCGGAAUGAAAACUUCCACGACUCUUGCUCAGCGUUGAAAGAAUACAUCGGCGAAGAUCGAAUGCCCGACGACAUCACAUUGUUGAACAUUUUCGGUAAGAUCGUGGUGAACACUUUCAGCAUUCUGAACGAUGACAUGAACGCCAUAGGUUCCGGCUUGUAUCUCCAGUUGUCUGCUUUGAACCAUUCCUGUGAUCCAGAUUGCGUUGUCCAGUUUGACGGCGCUUUCGCUGUUCUAGCUGCCCUGCGAUCUGAUGGAAUGAUUCAUGAGCGAAUCUCUGAAAAUACCAUAAGCUACAUCGAUCUGUUGGCCUCUACGAAAGAACGGCAGAAAUUGCUUACCGAGCGCUACUACUUCACUUGCACGUGUGCGAAUUGCAUGAAUGUCUCUAAGGAUCUAGAGAAGAGCAGCUUGAAAUGUUUCCAGAACUCGUGCGAUGGCCAGGUGCUUAUACAUUCAGGUUUAGACCAUGGUGAGUGUAAUAAGUGCGGUCAAUUGUACGAAGACGUCAUGCUUGGUAUGUUUAUGAUGCAGAAAGCUGUCUGGGACAUGCAGAAGUUGACACAACUAAAGGAGAAUCAUGAUAUCCUUUCCUGUUUUCCUUACAUUCCUUGUUUACAUCUGGACACCGCGUAUAAAUAUUGCAUGGUGGUGAUCAAGCAACAGAGGCAGGUGCUGCACCCAUUGAACAUUCACUUGGUGCGAGCGCUGGAUUUCGCUUUCGACGUGUGCAUCGAAUUACAGAAGUGGCACUACGCGGCGCAGUUCGGUCUUUUCACGCUCGCCGCUUAUAAAUCUUACUAUCCAGCGAAUCAUCCGUUGACCGGCCUGCAGUUGAUGAAGAUUGGCAAGAUUCUGCUCUACAAUGGCGAACUCGAGCAGGCGAAGAGUCUGCUGUGUCAGGCGUACAGUAUUUUGACCGUCACUCGCGGUGCGGACCAUCCUUUGUGCUGUUCGCUGGUCGACAUGAUCACGCAAUGCGAAGGAGAGAUGCAUUCACGAGGAAUACAAAACUAA